AUGGAAAGUCUUUUCUAAGGCCAAAAUAUGACUUAUGAAUGUAGAGGAUGUCCAUAUGGAGUAUAGUUAUAGAACACUUUAAAUUAAAUUGGCAAUAAAUUCAAAAGCAGUAAUAAUAAUUUAGUUAUUACUAGAACAUCUCUUUAAAUCAAUAUCUUCUAAUAUAAACAACACUAAAUUCGUCGCAAUAACAAAAGAUCAAGAGGUUAUUACAUAUGGUUGGGAUGGUGAUUAAUUUAAUAAAUAUAAACCAUUUAAGAUUAAAUAAAUAGAUUAUCAUUGCUUUAAUGCAUAUUAUACUUUAGAUAACAAUGUUUUAAUAGAUUGCUAUCAUAAUAAUAAUUUGUUGUUAUUUUAUUAACUAAAUGAUUAACUAAUCAGAAUCUAUUAACAUUAAAGUUAGCUACCAAAAUCAACUAAAAUACUUUAAUUGAUCAAUCAAACUUCAGUUUACACACUUUAUGGAUAGUAUUUUUUAGACUAUUAAAUUUUGACAUUAUUUUAAGAUAGAAAAAUAUCAUAUUUAAAUAUAUCAACAUGGCAAUAGGGAUUUUAAGAUUUUAUUACAUCAUAAGGGUUUAACAGAACAAAUUUUAUUUAUAUAAGCAACAAUGAAAACUUAUUUUAAAUAAUUAUUAAUGAAAAUGAAUAGUUUCAAAUUCUUACAAAAUUUAAUUAAGAUGCUUAAAUAAUAACAUUUACUGUAUAUCAAAGUCUAGUUAAGAAUUCACAAUGUGAUUAAUUAAUUGUGUUAUUGGAAUCAGAAAUAUAUAAGAAUUUAUGGUAUAUUUAUGCAUGUUAUAUGAAUUUUAUUGUAGAUAGACACUAUUAUUUCAAUAUAAAAGGUAUCAAUAUACAAAAUGCCAUAAUUUUUGCAAAUUAAUAGUUUUUAAUUUUUUAAUAGAAUUAUUUAGUUAUGAUUUAUUAAAUAGAUUUUCCAGAAAGGGUCUUAAAAGAGGCUUUUUUAGAUAAUUUUGAAAAAUUGAAUUUAACAAAGUUUCUUCAUUUUGAUUAAUCAAAAAGCAUCUUGUUUGAGUUUGGCUACCAUUUUACAGCAUAUUUUGUAACCAUACCAAAUUUAAAUGGAUAUUUUCCUAAUAAUUCUUCUUCUAAUAAAUUUACAAUUUAUAGAACAAUAUUGAAUGUCUUAGAUCCUCGUUGUAAAGUUAAAAUAUUUUUUACAGUACUAAGUGAAAAUGAUACUUUAAUUUAUAAUACAUCCCAAAGUGAUACCAAUAAAAAUUAUGUUGUGAUUAACAAAGGUUAUAAUUAAAUAAUUGAAAAUUAUUCUGGAUCAUUAUUAUAAUUAUCUAGUAUAUUUACAGAAAUGUAUGUUGGAGAUUUUGAAUUAGCAAUACUUUAAUCAGUAAAUUUAACAAUGAAUCUUAAUUUUUAGCUUGCAUCUAUGAUGAAUUUAAUUUAAUAAUAUUUACAAAAUAUAAUUUUUAUAGCUGGAAUUUAAAAUGAAACUCUUUUUUUUUAUUAAGGCCUUCCAAAUUAACUUAAUUUAAUAUAUCAUUAGGAUUUAAAUCAAUCAGACAUCUAAUAAAUUUAAUUAGCAUAAAAUUUAGAAGGUAUUGUUUUUGUUAGUAUUUCAUUAUCUUAAAACUAAAUAUUACUUUUUACUUAUAAUUCAUCAAUAUCAUCAAUUGAUUAUAUUUACAUUAAUGUUCCUUAAUUUUAAUCUAUUUUGUAGAGUUAUAAUUGCAUUGUAGUCUUAACAAAGAGAAACCAAGUACUUGUGAUUUAAUUGAAUGGUUAAGUAUAAUUUCACCUUGAUGAAGAUAAUAUUAAACGGUUUUUUCCAUAAGUGUAAAAAUUUAGACCUACUGCAAUCGCCUUGAAUUAAUUUGAUUUAUCUUCACUAUUAAUAAUUGGCAAUGAGUAAUAGAUAUUAAUCUGCUCAAUUACUAAUGAAGCUAUAUUAACUCCAUUAAUCAUUUAAAAUCUAGAAAUUAUGGUUUUUGAUAUUAAAGUUUUAAAGAACAAAAUAAUAAUUAUUUAUAGAUAAAAUGAUUUAUUAAGUAUGUGCUUUUAAGUUUGGGAAAUAGCAAAUAUGACAAGUAUUAUCUUUGAAAAGAAUUUGAGGUGCACUUAAUUUGAUGAAUAUUAAAUGUCUACAUCUGAUAACUAAUUUUUUUUUGUAAAAUAAAAAUCAAAUAAUAUGCUUGUAUAUAAUCCAAAUUUACCUUAACAUGCAUCUCUUUAUUAUAAUUUUACUUAUAAUUAAAGUUAUUUGGCAUGUACUUAUAUAGAAGAAUUCUCACAAUUAUUAAUAAAUGGUAAUCUUUAUAAUUUGUACCCUAUUAUUACAAUGAAAUUUACACCAAAUCUUUCUCUUUAUUAUUAAAAUUAUGAGAAAGUUGUUAAUUACUUUUUCAAUAUUACAUCAGGUAUUAAUAAAUAUACCUAUUAAAUAACUCCAACUUAUACUCUAAGAUUGAUUAAUAAUUUUAUUAAUAUUUCAUUUAAUGUAAUAGAUAAGUAGGUAGAAAAAGAUGAAGUUGUUAUUUUACAUUAGGAAAAUAUAAGCAAUAAUUCAUAGAUAGCAUUUUUUAGUUUUUUAAAUGGCAACUAUGAACAUAGUGAAUGUAAUUUAUAUAAUUCUUUAAAUUAAUUAUAACUAUUUAGUUAUAAUUCAUCCUAUAAUAUUCUAACUGCUGUUGAUGGACUAUUUGUUUUAUAAAGUUAAAACUAUUUAUUUGCUCUAGACUCAUAAUAUUAUAAUUAUACAUCUGAUUCUAUUGAAUCUUGUUACUUAUCAUAUUCAUCUUAUACAACUUUAUAUUCAAUUUGCUAAAAUAAAAAUUAAUAAUUAAUUGUAAUUUCAUUUAAUAUAAAUGCUUUUAACAUAUAACAAUUAUAAACAUAUAUUCUGACAGAUUAUAUUUAACCAUUACAAUUUGUAGUUUUAUUUGAAAUGUAUUUUGUUUUAGAAAAUCUCGAUAAUUAAACUAAUAUAUUCAUAUAUAUUCCUUAAAAAAAUUAUUCAUUACAACUAACAGAUUCUUUGAAUUGCACUUAUUUUAGUGUUACUAAUUUUAGAAACACAACUUAAGCUUCUCAACAGAUUUCUUUAAUUGCUGUUUUUUAUAUAUGUUCCUACUCAUUACAUUAUUAAAUACUUGAAUAUAAUUUGAUUACUUAAGAAUUAUUCCAAAUUAGCAAAGAAUAAAAAAUAAAUAUUUAAACUAAGACUCAAAUUUAAUAAUUUAAACCAUAUUAAUUUUUGGUUGUGAAAAAUUACUAUUCAGAAAUUAUAGUAUUAUUAACAACUACUAAUUUUUGUACAUUAAUCAUAUCUAUGGCAUAUGAUUCAUAGAAAUUACAAUAUUAAAUAUAGUAAAUUAUUGGAACCAUACCUCUUUAUGGAAACCUUACUUUAAAAAAUUCUUAAUUAGCUAAUGGGAUUUUAAUAAAUACUUAUAAAAGUGAAUAAAAUUUAUAUUAUUAUACAUUCUAUAACUUAACCAAAAUUAAAAUUACUGAUCUUGGAUAACCAUUACUCAUGAUUGGAGGUUUAGUUCCACAAAAUAGUUCAUAAAUGAUAGCUGCAGUUUAUGAUAUAAAAAAUUAAAAUGGAUAAUUUUUUAUAUCAAAUGACACAAAUGGAAUUCUAUAUAAUAUUACUCCUAUGUCAAUCAUUUGUAGAUUUAAUUUAAGCAUAUUUGCUAAGUCUGAAAAGUUUAAAUAUUCCUUAUUAGCAGAAAAUGCAUUUGGGCAAAAUUAAACAGAAUUGACUUUUAUAUAUGAAAGAAAUCAAAAUAAUUGGGUUUAUGGAUUAAUAUCUAUUGUAGCCUUUUGUUUAAUAAUAGCAUUAUACAUAUAUUGGAAAAAGCUAAGAACAGUUAAACCCAUAAAGAAUGAUUAUGAGGAAGAAUUUGAACUUUGA